UGUUGGGGCGUUGCCAUGGCAACAGUCCGUCCCGACACAUCGCGACAGUGGCUUUGGACACGCUGUCACCCUCGGUUCAGACACAUCCCAGCCGUCGGUUCCACCACAUUGUGGCUCCAGGACAACAGGAAAAAUACCACCGACAGCCCCGGCAGUGGCAGCGGGAUGGCAGCCGUGACUGCCGGCACAGGAUCCCGGUCCCUCCGCGCCCGGGGCUCGUCCCGGAGGUCCCUCCUCGCCCGCCGUCUCCAGCUUUCACCGCCGGGAUUUCAGUCCGUGACGGGCUCCAGCGACCCUGUGGUGAUCUCUAAGGAUGUGCCAAAACAUCCUCGAGAGCUGCUCUCCUUCAAGCCCAAGCUCAAGACCAUCCAAGUGAUCACCAAGGACCUGAUCCGGGAGCUCAUCAUUCCCCAGGAGAAGCCCCAACCGUGUCUCAUCAUUGGGGAAAAGGAAUAUGAGAAACUUAAGGAAUCAGCUCGAGCCCUGACUGAGGUGGAGCGUUGGGACAAGCUGAAGACCCUGAGAGCCAGACAGGACGCUGCUUUUGAAGCCCUAAAAAAGGCCCAGAUCGAGGAGCAGAGAAAGGCAGAGCUGGAGGACAAGAGGAACCGCUGGAGAGACGUGGAUGAGGAGCUGCAGCAGGAGGAGCAGAAGCUGCUGCAGCGAGCGAUGAGGAUGAGGCUGGAGGAGGAGGAAGAUGUGCGGGAACUGAACGCGCUGUUCCUCAAUGCCAAGUGCAACAUGAUCCGGGACAAGCAAGUCCUGGAGAAGCAGAUGAUCCUCAAGGAACUGGCAGAGGAAGAGAAGCGCCUGGACAAGAUGAUGGAAAUGGAGCGGGAGAAGGGCAUGGAGGUCCAGGAGGAGCUGGAGCGCCAGAGGAAGCAGGAGCUGAUGAGAGCCCGGCAGGACAUUGUGAAACAGAUGGAGCAGAAUGCAGAGGAGCGGGCAUUGAGGGCUGAGGAGCUGUACCAGGAGGGCCAGAGGCAGCUGGAGCGACUGGAGCAGAUGAAAAGAGAGGAUCAGAAGGCCUGGGAGCAGAAACAGGAGCGACAAAAGCAAAUCCAUGCUGAUAUUAAACGUUUCAACAUGGAGAGCCAGAGGCUGAAGGAUCAACAGCGGGAGCAGGAGAGGUUGGAGGAUGAGCAGGUGCUGGAGCAGCAGCGGCAGAAGGCUGAGCGUGAGGCCGCCUUGGAGGCAGAGCAGCACCAACUGCGUCUGGAGAAGGAGAAGGAGCUGGCCCGGCUCAGGGCCACACAGGAGCGGGCCCAGGCCUGGCAGGCAGAGCAGGAUGCUCUGAGAGCCAAGAGGAACCAAGAGGUGGCAGACCGGGAAUGGCGGCGGCGGGAGCUGGAGAAGGCACGGAAGAAGGCCGAGCUGGAGCAGCAGCUGAAGCAGGACCGGCUGGAGCAGGUGGCCCAGAAGGAGCAGUACCUGGCCAUGCAGGUGCAGCAGGACCACCGGGAAUUCCAGAGGAUGCUCAGGGCCCAUCAGGAGCAGCUGGAGCGGGAGCAGCUGGAGCAGGAGCAGAGGGAGCUCCGGCAGCGCGCCCAUGCCGAAGAUCUCCGGCGGCAGAUGCAGGAGCUGCAGCAGCAGCGGCAGCGGGAGCGGGCGGCCGGCAUUGAGGAGGGCCGGCGGCUGCAGCAGGAGAUCCGGCAGCGCAGCCAGCGCCUCGCUCAUUUCAGACAGCAGAAGCUGCAGGAGUUCAGAGCCACCGGAAUUCCUGACAAAUAUUUUGCCCAGGUGGAGCGCAGGGCGCGGAGCCGAGCCAGCAGAGCCCCCUCCUAGGCCCAGCCCCAGCAGGAACUCAUUGGAGGCUUUGCCAGGAAAUCAUUCCUUGUGUGACCCUUUGGACUCUGAACCUUGUUGCUGUUGGUUUUGUUCUCUGGUUGCUGUUUCAGGAAAUUGUUCUUCUCUCA